CCGUUGUUGCUGCUGCUGCUGCUGGGCGCGGAGACGGCGGCGGCCCGCGCAGCACCUGGCGCCUCAGCGGCCCGCGGCCCUCAGAGUAUAAAAAGAUGGAUUUGGCCAACCAUGGACUCAUUCUGCUGCAGCAACUAAAUGCUCAGAGAGAGUUUGGUUUCCUGUGUGACUGCACAGUUGCCAUUGGGGAUGUCUACUUCAAGGCACACAAAUCAGUCCUUGCUUCUUUCUCCAACUACUUCAAGAUGUUGUUUGUUCAUCAAACCAGUGAAUGUGUCCGUUUGAAAGCAACUGACAUACAGCCAGAUAUCUUCAGUUAUCUCUUACAUUUGAUGUACACUGGGAAGAUGGCACCGCAACUCAUUGACCCAGUUCGACUAGAGCAGGGAAUAAAGUUUCUGCAUGCAUAUCCACUAAUUCAAGAGGCCAGCCUUGCAAGUCAGGGAACUUUUUCUCACCCGGAUCAAGUGUUUCCAUUAGCAUCUUCAUUAUAUGGCAUUCAGAUUGCAGAUCACCAGAUAAGACAUCCCACUAAGGUUACAUCAGCGACUGACAAACUCGGGCGAGAAUCAAGGCCACAGACAUCGCGGAUGAACCAAGAGCAGGUUUCUGAAGGCUCACAGCUCUCGCAGCUAGGUACGACUCUGCCACAAGUGAACCGGACAAAUAUGUCCACUUCUGACCCAUUGCCAUCUUCUUUAUCUCCAGAGUUGGUGUCUGCUGCUGGUAAUAAUUCACCUGCAGGAGAAGAGGCCAACAUGGAAGCAUCUUCUUCAGACGAACAGCCUGCCUCACUCACAAUAGCACACGUCAAGCCGAGCAUUAUGAAAAGGAAUGGAAGCUUCCCAAAAUACUAUGCCUGCCACCUCUGCGGUCGUCGGUUUAAUUUGCGAAGUAGUUUGCGUGAGCAUCUGCAGAUCCACACGGGAGUUCCCUUCACAUCUAGCCAGCAGGGAGAAAGUAAUAUUUCUUUGUCCCUCUGCAACAACACAGCUGAUAAAGAUGCUACAGAAGUGCCUGAAGCAGGGAUGAUUAGUGACAGUGAGCUGCAGCAGAUCUCAGACUCCCCAAUAAUUGAUGGGCAGCAGCAGUCAGAGACACCACCGCCCUCUGACAUUGCAGACAUAGACAACCUGGAGCAGGCAGAUCAAGAGAGGGAAGUAAAACGACGGAAAUACGAAUGUUCCAUCUGCGGUCGCAAGUUUAUUCAGAAAAGCCACUGGAGGGAGCACAUGUACAUACACACUGGCAAGCCCUUCAAGUGCAGCACUUGCGACAAAAGCUUUUGUAGGGCUAACCAGGCUGCUAGACACGUGUGCCUAAACCAGAGCAUGGACACAUACACGAUGGUGGACAAACAGACUCUGGAACUCUGUACUUUUGAGGAAGGCAGUCAGAUGGACAACAUGCUUGUACAGACCAACAAGCCCUACAAAUGUAACUUGUGUGACAAAACAUUUUCAACUCCCAAUGAAGUAGUCAAACAUUCGUGCCAAAAUCAAAACUCUGUCUUUACACUAGAAGAAGAUCGCUCCAUUCUGCUAGGUAGUGGGGACACAGAAGCCACAGAGACUGAAAAUGCAGUGUUAACCUCCAUCAAAAAGGAGCAGGAAGCAGUGUUGUUAGACUGAAUGUGAAACUUAUAUAAAUUUUUUAAAGUUUCUUUAUGUAUUUUUUAUUAAAUCAAUUUUUCCCUCCCUCCACCUCUUGCCUCACUUACCCUUGCCAUCUCUUCGACCAGUCUCCUUCCUGCCCUUUGUCUUCAGCAACCAGAACUGUACUGGCACAUUAGAAAAUUGGACUUUACCUCUCCCACCAAAGCAAACAAAAGAGCUUUUGCAUCAAACCGUAGCAUAAUUGAUUUUAAUACAAAGGAACAUGUGAAAAGGUAAUCCAGCUAACUAUGUUGAAAGUAUUAGUUAAUCCAAAUUGAAUAGAUUUUAAACAAAAUUUAGAUUGCUUAAAAGUGUAGAUACGAUACUGAGUGUACCAGUUUGGUAAGCAAAGUACAUGUAUGUAAGUCUCCCUGGUAAAGACCAUUUUAAGAAGAUGUGGUAAAUGACAAACACCACACUUUUUAGAAGUCCACGUGAAGGUUGAUUAAAGUUAUCACUUAAAACCCUCAGAAUGUUUCUCAAUAUAUGCAAAAAUCUCUGUUGAGUUAAAAAGAGCUGAGGGUGUUUGGUUUCUUUUAGCCUUAUGGGUUCCUUCCUUAUGGUAGCCUUUGGGUAUCUGUUUCAGGUAGCAUCGAGUCAAGCAAAGUAGUUACUUAGUCAAAUUUUGACUUAAGUAGCUGUAACAAUAAUGUGAUGGCAAUCUUUACAUGCAUAUAUAUAUAUAUAUAAAAAUACUGUAUAUGUAUAAAGACUUUUAUAUAUAUAUAUAUAUAUAUAUAUAUAUAUAUGAAAUGUGUGUAUAUUUGAUAGAGAUAAAAGCACACAUGCUUUUUUAAGUAAUUAGCCAUCCACUCUCAGAUUCAGUCCAGAAAGUCUUAGCUGUUUGAGAGAACUAGUCGUUGCACAGAUUAUUUUAAAUCAAAUGUAAAACAUCCUGGGUGCAUGCAUUUUUGCUAGCCUGUUGAAGAGGAGCUAAUAGGAAAGUGUUGUCACCCAAGAUGCAAAGGAAAAGUGACACUGGUGAGCACUUUACCACCAAGAGUGCAGCACGUUAGCUACAGGUUUGAAUCAUUCUACAUGAAAGGAGAGAGUAAAGCUCUCAGGCAAGCAAUGUCCAUGAUUUCAUUUGGUAUAACAGUGUGAGUUCAGAGGAGGAAAAUGCACAGAGAAGUUCUAGCAACAGGGGAUCAUGGUUGUUUUAGAGUGAAUCUGGAGUACUAGCUGGAAAAUUCUGCUCUGUGAGAGUCCUGUUAUUUUCAAAGCCAAGACAAAGUGCAAAAGCUGGAAGGAUUAAUUCUGUAGUUUUAGUUACUGCUGAUGGUAGCACUGCAUCUUUGUGUUAAAAAUGAAGUUGUUGAUUCUUAUUUAAUGUAGAUGCCCGGGUUUUUGCUGGUAGCCCUAAAACCCAAACUGAAAACAGUGAAGCCCACCAAGCAAUUACUGGGCCAACACAAGAUGUAAGCAGACAGAAUAUAUGCCCCAUCAUAAAUGGAGACAGUGUUUUGGGGGGAGGGGCGGGAGAGGGCAAGUCACAAACCACAACUCCUCUCUGUGUAUACGUUUAAACUGAGUAUCAUCUUUUUGUGUAUAGUUAAGUUCUCAGAUUUGUAAGUUUUUAUACAUAAUUUCAUUGAAUAAAAACUGAAUUAAAUGGAAUGUGAUUUAUUGAGUUGAAGGUGAAAGGUUAUUAGCUUUCAGUGUUUCUGAAACUGAACUGUUUUUGAAGCCAAACCAUGUAUUCUGUUUAUCAGACUAAAACCUCUGUCAUACAGAUGAACAAAAUAGCUUAGUAAACCAUGAAGCAGUGGAUUCAGCAUUAGAAGUCACUAUAUGUUCUUUUUUUUUCCAGUUAAUUAUAACAGGAUGAUUAUUGUAAA